AUGACCGCCAGUUUCUCCAAGCCACAUGACAUCGGCGAGAAGCCGGCUUCCCUAGAUAGCGCCUCGAACCUCUCUCGCAACCAUUGGGUUUCCACCUCUGCUCAGGAACUCGGUACUUUCCUCAAACAAGGUCGUGCUCUGAACGCGCAUACACCGACUUUGCGGAUCUCCAAUACCUUUGAACGUUUCCAAGAUGCUGAAGCAGCUUUCCUUCGCUUCGCACAGCACCGCGAAGUGGGUUUGAUGUACCAGAAUUGGGAGAUUAUUGGCGGUAGUACCUCAGAGAUGACCGCUCAAGACUUUUGCAAGCGAUACGAAGUUCGCAUGUCAAAGGAGAGGCGCGCGACCUCCGACGAGUUUAGAAACCUUUUGAGCAUCUCCGGAGCAGCUCUGGAGCACGUCGUACCAGGGCCAGACUGUCUUCGGGACCUUGGAUACAGCUUGCUCAAUGAUCUCAAGGUUCAGGUUCAUCUCGACGAACAAUCUCAGUUUGGACCAGCCGGAGGCAAAGAGACAAAGACGCGAACAAUCGACUGCGAGGCCUGCCUUCAGUUCGUGUUGUAUGGAGAGCGGUUUUCAUUCUCUGGGUGGCACCUGGAUGUACUAAAUGGAACGUGGCUGACAACCAUCACCGGCUUCCGUGCCUGGUUCAUAUAUACUGGACCAUGGACCGAAAAAGAACAGAAGGAACUAGAAACCUCGGGGGCACAGUGGAGACCAGCUGCUGAACAUGUUGAAAUUAUUCUUCUCCGCCCCGGCGACACACUCAUCAUGAGACCUAGUCAUCCGGUAGUACACUGCGUCCUUACAUUGGACGACUCUAUUGCACGAGGAGGCAUAAUCUAG